AACGCGGUCGAGCAUCCGAUCGCGUUCCAGAACACAAUAUAGAUAACUUUCACUAUAGCUUAAGAAAUUCCUUAUAAAAGAUCUUUAAGGUUUUCUUUUUAUGCCUCAGUUGUAAAUGCUAUUUUUAUUGAUGGUAAACCAAAUAUGGCUUGUGUAACAGAGAGAUUUCAGUCGCGAUCUCCGUACGGGACGUUUCGUUUACAUCUGCCUGAAGACCCCCUGGCUGUUGGCCAACGUUCUCAGAGACAAAAAGUAACAGGAAGGUUUCCACCAACGCGUGGAAUCCACGAUAUAAUAUCCUUUCAAGAACGGGACGAGUCUAAUUAUAGAGUGUAUAGCGAUAAAGGGGAGAGGAGAGCCGAAGCUCCGAGAAGACAGGACACUCCAGUAGUUGACCCAAUUAGUGGCUUUACCUCAGUAGGUGCUGAUGCAGAAGAUGGUAAUCAUAAACCUAUCGAGCCAUUAUUUUGUAAAGAUCAUCGUCCUCAGUCUGCUAAGCCUUACGGUAGACCCAUUACGUCUCCUACUUCUGAACUAAGGACGAUAAAUGCUCCUUGGGAAUCGAAGAACAAAGACUUGGAGAGCUAUGGAAACUUUCAAACUGGGCAAUCGAGCCGUGAAAAUGAGUCAAGCAAGGUUCCAAUAAAUGAGAAAAUAAAGAAUAAAGAAUGGAGAGAUGCAGUUGCAACAAGAGCAUUCUACACUUCACAAACACAGAGGCUGUACAAUGGUGUUGACUGGGCCAACAAACUACCACCAGCUUUAGACCCUCCUCCCACUACACUUGAACUCAGACCAGACAUGGUAUCACGGAAGUUUUCCCUCAAACGAUAUGAUGCUAGACCUGAAUUAUGGCAGCAAUUAGGCAGUAGACCACACAGUUGGGAUUAUCUACAGUCAAGGAAUGGAAACUACAUUUAUGGAACUGUUAACUUUUGUAGUCCAAACAAAAAGAUUGGUCACAUACCUGGAUACACCGGAUCUACCUCAGGGAUUCAUGAAAGAGAUCAUCCUAAUUUUGACUUUGGUGCUAUAACAUUAGUAAGGAAUCACAAACCAAGAUAUACUGACACUUCUAAAAGAGGUAAUAUUCCUGGAUACACUGGUCAUUCCCUCUAUUCGUCUCAUCAUCCUGCACACUCUAAGGAACCACAUCCCAGAGCAUGUACUACUGCCAGAACACACAGAAAACUUCAAGUUCCAUCAACUUUAAAUCUGUCGCCAUUCAAAAGGGACUCCCAGAUGUCCAAAAUGGUUACUCUGGUUCACCCUUUCAAUCCUUUCAAUAAGAUUGAUUAACUAUAAUUUUGUAUAGUUUUGUACAUUUUUGA